ACGUCCGUCCCCGCCCCGCGGACGGUGGCCGAAGGGCUGCGGCAGCCCGGGAGAUGUUGCUUUCCCCUGCGCUAUAUUCGCGUCUGGCCGGGGCGCCCGGGGCAGCCGAACCGCUGCCCGUGGAGCGGAACCCUGCAGCUGGAGCAGCGCCCUUCCAGUUCACACCGCGCCCCGUCCGCUUCCCACGGGAUCACGAGUUCUUUGAGGAUGGGGAUGUGCAGCGGCACCUCUACUUGCAGGACAUGCUCACGCAAGUGUCCGAGACGCCGGAGAAGUCCAUGGUGCCUGAGUUCACCUGCCAGGUGGCUGGCUGCUGCCAAGUGUUCGCUGCCCUAGAGGACUACCAGCACCACUACCACAUGUCUCAUAGAAACACCUGCUCCCUCUGCAGCCGUGCCUUCCCCUCUGGGCAUUUGUUGGAUGUGCACAUCCUGGAAUGGCAUGACUCUCUGUUCCAGAUCCUGGCCCAGAGGCAAGAUAUGUACCAGUGCUUGGUUGAAGGCUGCCCAGAGAAGUUCAAGACCAGCCAAGCCCGGAAGGAUCACAUGGUGAGGCUCCACUUGUACCCUGCGGAUUUCCGAUUUGAUAAACCCAAGACAAACAGAGGCCCAGCCAUGCCAGCAGCAGCAGAUCCACCAGCCAGAGCCCUGAAAGAUGACAGUGACGCCAUGGAAAUCUGCUCUGAACCUGCAGCCGCACCUCCCUGCCGGCGGACCUACAGUCACAGAAUACCUUCUACUGUCUGUUUUGGCCAAGGUGCAGCCAGAGGUUUUAAAAGCACUAAGAAAAGAAACAAACACCCCUGAUGGAUCCUGAUGAGGAAGCCAGACAGACUUUCAAGGAGUGGUGUGCCAGGGCCUUUCUCUUGCUUCUGGAUAGCUGCCACCUCCUUAUUUCCGUAUGUGGCCACAUGAAGCAGCCUGUGUGUAGAAACCCAGAAUCUGCAGAUUCCAGAAAUAACCAGGACACACUGAAGGAAUGAGAUGGAGAAAUCACCUACCUGCUUUGUGAGAGCUACUCUAAGAAUGUCACUAUUAAACAUAUGAAAUAAUUUUCA